AUGACGGUGCUCACAAGGAAAGCUUUGUUUGUCAAUGCUGAGUCAGCUGCAGGUGCUUCCGGCGCCGGAGCUGGUGAUGGUGAUGGGGUUGGGCCUGAUGGGCCUGGAGCCAAACCUUCCGGCUUCGGGGGAGAAGCGACGGGAGAAGUGUGUGGAGACAUAGUCGGUGGUGAGUCGACGGUGGGUGGAGUCGCCGGAGCUGAAGUUGGCUCUUCGACUGGAACCGGUGGUGAAGCAACCGGAACAGGUGAAUCAGCGGUUGGUGUAAUAGCCGGAGAAGGAGACUCUACCGGUGGGAGAAGCGUGAUUGGUGCUGGAGCCGGAGCCGGAGAUUGA